AAAGUAUUGCUUGUUCAUCAUUGCUCCUGGGGGUUCAGCAGAGAGCUAGCGAGCAAGGAGAAACUUUAGAGAGGACCAAAAGUCUGAAGAACAUCAUGGGUGUUCCUGUGACUUUACUCUUUUUCUUUUCUGUUCUGCCUUCCACUCUAUCCCAAAUUGUUGUUCACCAUACAAGCUCUGAGGGGAUAUGUACCAACGCUUGUGACUUUCACGGCUAUGAUUAUACCUGGUGCAAGCAAAGUGGUGGCAACGGGAAAAACUGGGACUACUGUUCCUUAGAAGAAGGCCUGGGAAGCACAGGUGAAAAAUGUGCCACAGUGUGUGAUCUCUGGGGGGGCUCCUACCACUACUGCUACUUAAAAAAUGGAAAAUGGAACUACUGUGGAUUGAUCAGCGAGAAGGGCUUUGCCGAAUAUGCUCAGGACAACAAAAUGUGUUUUGAUAGAUGCCGAGCAACUAAAGAGGGUUUUCACUGCGAUACAGGCCAUGGUAGGCAACGUUGCUCUCCGUUCCACGAUGUGACCCCCACUGGUUUGCCCUGCCACAACAACUACCGUUGUGCAAAAUACGGAACCAAUGGGUACCGAUGCCACAUGGAUAAUGACGAAGGCCUCUGGGAUCACUGUGGACGCAGGGCCCAGAAUAAGUGUGUAUGGGAGUACUCUGAGACCAAUUCCUCCCUGGUGGAGAUUUGCAAACUUCCCAUCUCUCAGAACGAAGGCAAGAUCCUCUUCCGCCGAGAGAGGAGGGACAGGAUACUCCCUCCCACCAAGGAGCAAUUCAAAAAGGCAGUCCAUCUGAUCGACAAAAUUGCCUCCGUCACCAGCCUUCCUGACUUAGAACCUCUGGAAACUGUGCAUUUCUACAAGCAAGAGGAUAUCUUCUGCAAGGGUGUCAAUUAUACAGGCGUGGAGCUGGAGAUAGGAAUGACCAAGGAGAGUGCUAUGCCCAUUGCUCAUGUCCUCUUCCCAGAGUUCCUGAAGUCUGUGGAGAUCUUGCGCUUAGCGUUUUACACCAGCCUCCAUAGCACAUUUUAUCAGCCUGCCUACACCAUUGCUAUCUCUGUUGGGGAACCAAUGUUAUGUUCCACUGACCACCAGUGAUUAACUCGCCCUGCACACAUCUUAGCAAUUGGCUUCAUGUGCAUGCAAUUGCUGCUUUGCUGCGCUAUCACCACUGUAGCAAUUUGCAGAUGCUGCCCCUCCCCUUAUUGCAAUAUUUACAAUGGUUCUAAACCUGCUAAUGGCUUGAGUUAAGUCCAGCCUCGGACGCCAUUUUAGUAUCAGUCCUGUUCCCACAUAUAUCAAGCUAAAAGCUAUGCAUUGAUGACAACUUCAGAAUGGAGCACACAAGAGAUAAGGUGUACUGGGGUGGCUUUUUUGUACUCUUUGUAAUCCCCUAUAAU